AUGGCGUGGCAAGGCCUGGCGGCUGAGUUCCUGCAGGUGCCAGCAGUGACGCGCACCUACACGGCGGCCUGCGUGUUCACCACCGCCGCCGUGCAGCUGGAUCUCCUGAGCCCUUUCCAGCUUUACUUCAACCCUCACCUGGUGUUCCGGAAGUUCCAGGUGUGGCGGUUAGUCACCAGUUUCUUCUUCUUCGGGCCCCUUGGAUUCAGCUUCUUUUUCAACAUGCUCUUCGUGUUCCGUUACUGCCGCCUGCUGGAGGAGGGCUCGUUCCGUGGCCGCACCGCCGACUUUGUCUUCAUGCUCCUCUUCGGGGGGGUCCUGGUGACUCUGCUGGGGCUCUUUGGCAGCCCGUUCUUCCUCAGCCAGGCGCUGGUGACCAUGCUGGUGUACGUGUGGAGCCGCCGCAGCCCGAGCGUCAGAGUCAACCUCUUUGGGCUCCUUACCCUUCAGGCACCCUUCCUGCCUUGGGCACUAACGGGCUUCUCGCUACUGCUGGGCAAUUCGGUACUCGUGGACCUGCUGGGUAUCACUGUGGGUCACAUCUACUACUUCCUGGAGGAUGUGUUCCCCAAUCAGCCUGGAGGCAAGAGGUUGCUGUUGACCCCCAGCUUCCUAAAGCUGCUAUUGGAUGCCCCAGAGGAGGAUCCCAACUACCACCCCCUGCCCGAGGAACAGCCGGGACCCCAUCUGCCACCCCUGCAGCAGUAA